CAAUGGCGGGUGCAAAAUCAGCUCCCAAGAAUGCUCCCAAGGUAGAGGAGAAUGCCGGCACGCGCCGCCUGCUCGGCACGUUCACUGCUCCUCCUCCGCUCUGUCUCGGGGAGCCGUACGUGUCGAGCUACAUACGGCCAGAGAGGCACAAGGGGAAGCAGCUAACGGCUGGUCCCCUCAGGCAUGAGAACUCCAAAGUGUUUCCUGGAACGAUCUCAGCUCCUGUCCUGCUGUGGUCGGAGCAGAAGGACAAAUACCAGGAAUCCAUCAAGUACAAAGAUAUCGUCCCAGGGGACAAAAAGAAGAAUGGUUUCUUGUCGUCGGAUUAUCCCCGCAGGGAUGAGUUUUCCAAUACGAUCCGGACGCAACAGCUGCGAGAAGUGUUGAAGAAAGAGAAUGCUCUCCAGAAGGAAGCCAAACAUGCCAAGGAAGCAAGGGACACAGCAAUCAAUACUGCUAGCGCUAUCAUGGACAACAAGGCGAGGCACCUUCCCUCUGCCCCGCUCUACGACGUUGUCUUCCGGAUCCCCGAGGCUUCCCUCAAGUUAGCGAGGGACGACCGACAGGCCGGGUUGUGGUACAUGGCGGAGAGGCAGAAAUAUAUCUCUGGUACCAAGGAGGAACACCACUUUGUCAUUCCGCCGAGGGAGCCAGUAUGGGUCAACAUUUCGCUCAAUGGGAGGCCAGUGAAUGUUUUAGUGGACGCCAACGGACAGGUCAUCUCGAAGAAGGAUCAACCUUUGGUCAAGAUGGCAUCUUCAGUUGACUUGAGAUGA